AUGGAGACUGGCCGGAUAGUUAGCUGGCAGAAGAAAGAGGGAGACGAACUGGCUGAAGGUGACGUGUUGUGUGAGAUCGAGACGGACAAGGCCACCAUGGGUUUUGAAACUCCCGAAGAAGGUUUCCUUGCAAAAAUUGUCAUUCCUGAAGACACGAGGGGCGUCCCAAUUGGAAAACUACUUUGCAUAAUAGUCGACAGCAAAGAUAAAGUGGCAGCGUUCAAGAACUUCAAAGAUGAUGGAGCAACAGUGAAACCACCACCGCCUGCUCCUGCGCCAGCCUCACCACCUCCCGCAGCACCAGCGGCUGCACCACCCCCUCCGCCGCCUCCUUCGGCUGCUGCACCCCCUCCACCUGCAGCUGCUCAUCCAGGAGGACAUGUAAGCGCUACGCCUUUCGCCCGGAAGCUCGCUGCUGAGCGUGGCGUGGAUAUAAGUGGAGUAGCUGGUACGGGUCCUGGUGGACGAAUUCUAGCAGCAGACCUUGCACGAGCUCCGGCUGGUGCGGCCGCACCGGCAGCUGCCGGAGCUGCAGCAGCGCGUCCAGCCAUUCCUAGUACGCCGGGUGCUGCUUAUACAGAUAUUCCCCUUACGGGUAUGCGCAGUACUAUUGCAAAGCGUUUAACGGAAAGCAAGAGCACAAUUCCUCAUUACUAUCUCACCGCUGAAAUUAACAUCGACGCGUUGCUCAAGUAA